AUGACUUUCGCAAACUCCUCUUCGGCAUACAGUCGAGGCGCCCGCCGCGCCUGUGUGCUGCAAAGGCCUGUGCAUCAUUCUUCGUCUCCCGUCGCGCCCCCGCGCCUUCUGAGCCGAAGGAAACUUCGAAUUUCUUAUUCUCUUCUUCUUCCGCAUGCCGACUUCACUUCGGCCGAGUGCUUUUCUGAGUUUUCCGCUUUUCGCUGCCUUUCAUCUCUCGUUCCUACAGCCUCCGCUGCCUGCUCUUACGCGCCCGCGCGUCUGCGGCUGCACGCCUUCCGGCCUCGCGCUGCGCUUGCAGGAGACGAGACUGCGUCUCCUUCUCGAAUCCUCUCUCUGCUCCACCUUCUUCGCCAGCCUCAUCUCAGUCUUCUUCACCAGGCUGCCUCUCGUUCGCCGUCUGCGCGUGGCUCCGCCUCCUCGCCUCCGGAUUCUGCAUCGCCGGACUCAGCUUUGUCUCUCUCCGCCGGUCCUUCGUCUCUCUCUCCUUCUUCUUCUCACUCUUCUCCUUCUUGUUCAACGUGUUGUGCUUCGCCAGAGGCCCUUCCAGUUGCUGCAGCGACGGCGCACGCUCUCGCGCUUGCUGCGGCAAUUCACUCGGAUGAGGAGGCGGACGUGGAGGGCGAACCGACGCAGCCGAGGUCAACGGAACAGGGCGCGGGAGAUCAUGCCUCGCCUCCCUCCCUGCCGCGGUCGCUCUCGGUCGACGUUCUUCAGGCCUUUCUCGAAGGCUCCUGGCAAUCCAUUCUUGCGGCGGUCCGAUCGCCCUCUCCAUCUUCUCUCGCUGCGCGUUCUUCCGCCGCCGAGCGGCUUUGGCUGCUUUCCCUGCUACGCCCGCCGUUGUGUGACGCGCGGGUGAACGCCUUCCUCGAAGCCUGUGCGCAGGCCGGCGGCCUCAGAGAAGGUGCCAGCGCAGAGGCUCAAGGAGAGACUUCUGCUGCAGGCCUGAGAGACGCGGCGGGCGCCGCGCUGCCGCUGCUCCCUCUCGCCGCAAGUCUGUUCAACCUCGGUCGCCGCGACUUGUUGGAGCCGCUGAUGGUCACGCAGCUCUUCCCCUCCCUCGCGGCCUACUCGCUAUCGCCGCCGCUGCUCGCCUUCUUCGCGAAGCUCUACGUUCAGCUGUGGGAACCUGGGCGAGAGGCUGGGCGAUCGAGCCCAGGGAGCGGCCGCAGUCAGGGGUCCGCGAGGAAGGCGCAGGCAGUUUUCUUCGGCGCGAUCUGUGACAGUCUCUCCCGUGCCUCGUCCCCUUCGAAUUCUCUCUUCUUCACUCCAGACGACUACGUAGUGUGUCUGCAAGCGCUCGCGCUCUUCCACUACGUGCCGCGGCGUUCGUUUCCGCUGGAGCUCUCGCGGGGGGCGUCGCUGGAUUCUCUGAGAGAAGACGAGACCGACGAGGCGAGCGGCGCGCCUCCUCGCCGCGAAGAGCCGGCCUCCGCACCCGCCGUCACUAUUCGCUUCUUGCGGCAUCCAGAGUAUGCCUUCCAGCUGCACGCUUUCGACUCCUCGGAGCUGAACGAAGUCUUCGUCCGCGGCCUCCAGGCGCUGCUUCGCCCGGCGGCGGGAGAGGCGCAGCUGCGCAGCCGAGAAGACUCUAUUGCAACCUCGCUUGGAGAAAAAGAAGAAAAAAAAGGACAAAAAGGAGGAGGGGAGAGGGACACGUUGUCUCUGGAGAGUCUCAUUCGCCUGACCGAUACUCUUCUGCUUCGUGACGCGUUCAUGCGAGAACAUUUUUCGCUUAUCCGCGACAAGCAGCUCUCCACCGCUUCCCGCCUGUCCGCGGCGCCGCGCCAGAGUCAGGGAGACCGGUGGGUCGCGAAAGAUGCGCGCCUGGAGCCGGCCUCCGAAUCAGAGGCGGUGCUGAAGGAAAUGAACAGUUUCUGGAGUGUGUAUACGGCGCACCAAGAGGCCGUCCUCGAGCGCCUCGUCUGUUGCAUGCUCCAUCUCCCUACAGCGCAAUGGAAGUUGGUUUCGCCCCUGACAAUCCUUAACCUGCUGCACGCCCUGUUGCGUCUCUACCGCGUCAGUCCAGACUGCCUCGGCGCGUCAGAGCGCAGAAGAAAGCACCGGCAGCUUCUCCUGGCACCCCUCGCGUGGUCUUCCUCUUUUGAGGCAGUCCAGCAGAGCGAAAACGAGCCUCCGCCGCACCGCGAAAGUUCACAGCGGAAUGCGCUGUGGGCGAGCACACUCAAAGCUGCAGUGGAGGACGUCAGCGGGCCUGGCGCCGCUGGAGCGCUCGCUCGGUUUGCGGCUUCGCCUGCGUCUUUCUCGUCGUCCGCGUCUUCUGCGUCGCCGUCUUGCGUCUCGCCAGAUGCAUCGCCUGCAGGCGAAGGCACGCUCAGCGCGGCCGUUCCCCCGGUUUUCCUUCUCUUUGAACGCCUCAUCGCCGAAGUCCGCACGCGCGCGGAGCUGCGGGCGACGGAGGCCGCGCUGCUUCUCGACGCGGCGAGCUCUCUCUCCUCGCAUCCGUUCACUCGCUCGUUUUUCCUAGACUCACGAAUGCGAGCUGGCGAGCAAGGCGUUCUGUCUUCUUUCUCUGCGUGCCCUCCUGCCUCCUCGUCGGCUCUCCAUUCCCCGCCACAGUCCAGCACCUCGUCUCCUCCGCCGUCUUCUUCGCCGUCGCCUUCAUCUUCUCCCCCCUCUUCUUCUUCUUCCUCUCCCUCUUCUGUCUCUUCGUCUUCUUCUACUGUGCUGCCUGUCGUUCGGCGUGCGAUGAACGUGGAUCGGCUCGCGGAGAGCUUCUUCUCGCUGCGGGAGGUCGCGCCGGAGAUCUACGCGUCCGCGCUGCCUCUGCAUGCCUUCCAGGAGUCCCGCCUCGACCAGGUCACGCGAAAACUGGCGCUGCAGACGCUCCGAGCGCUGCCGCUGUCUGCGGCCGGCGGCGCGGAGCGCCUGAACAAUGAAACCGACGUGCGUGUCGGCGGAGAAGAAGGCGAACCGCAGCCCUGGGAGGAGACGGCGGAAAGAACUCCUGAGGAGGGCGGCGGCGCAGAAGGAGACGCGCCAGAUGAGGCAGGCGCAGCGACGCAGGCGACCCCGGAGAGCGCGCCGCUAGGCGACGCGGCGUCGCCGUGGAUCGCCUCCCGCCUGCUGCAGCCUGAGGGCAGAAAGGGGCUCUCCGCCUCUCCUCUCUCUGCGCCUUCGCGUCGACCCUGGGCCUGCACCGUCGUCGACGACGCGCUCCUCGCGGAGGUCGCAGAAAAAGCUGUCUUGCGAGACGUCCACGGACUCUCUCUCCCCGCGGCGCUUCUUCUUCUGCAGGCGCUUCGCGAUCUCCAAGCGUUUGAGCGUUUUUCGCUCUUCGAAUUGGUUCUCGCGAACGUGUUGCGUGAGGCACAUCGAUUGCAGCCUCCGCAGAUCGUCUUCCUCGCGGCGACGCUCCACGGCCUGCGCCACGCGCUGGCGCGCAGCAUGGCGGCAUGUGCGUCGUUCCUGUCUUCCGCGUCGCGAUCGGCUGAUUGUCAGAGCGCGGGAGAGAGCGAAGGCCCGAGAGACAGGCGGGCGCUUUACCGGGCGAAGAAAGAACACCGCGAGCUGCGGCGGAGACUCAAGGCCGUCACGCGCAUGCAGAAGGAGCUCGUGGAGAUGUUCCUCGAACGGCAGGAGGACUUCCUCAAAGCCCCGAAAGAAUUCGCCGCGAUCUUCUACGUCUUUAGCAAAAGCGGACUCAUGACGCUGUCGCUUUUCCUCAAGCUUCAGCCGCAUUGUCAGGCGCAGCUGGCGCGGUUUUCCCCGCACGAUCUUUCGCUCUUUUUUCUGGGUUUUUCUCUCGCCUGCGCCUCGCCGGCCGCGCCGGGCUCCGCUGAAUUUCUCUCUUCGCUCUUUUCUGCGCUUUCGCACGCACUGCCCUCUCUGUCUCCUCGCGACCUGGCGGUCUGCUUCUGGUGCAUGUACGCCGUGGGGUGCAUCGGCAGCGCGAGUCAGCCGGCGUUUCUGCGGGAGUUGGUCGACAGCGGCAUGCAGCGAAUUCACCGCAACAUGCGGAGCUUCUCUCCGAAGGAGCUGCUUCUCGUUGCCUCCACAGUCGGCCGGCUGAACGUCCAGCGGCAGCCGAUCCUCCUCGAUCUCUUUCGCGCGCUCUACGCCUUUUUGCCGCUCUACGACGCCGAAGAACUCGCGGCGGCCUUCUUCGCCUUCGGCCGCGGAGGCAUCUGGGACGAUGCUGUCGAGCUCCGCUUCCUCCACUGUCUUUCGCUCGCGCUUCCCGUCGCCUCGCAGCACGCCCUCGCGCAAAUUGUGCUGGGUUUCUACUCGCUCGAUCGCGCCGCACCGACGUGUCAGGCGUCUCCUCUCCGCGCGGCGCUGUUCGCCUCAGAGGCCUCUGUCGCCGCGCGGCGCGAGUCCUUCCGCGCGCAGCUGCUUUCGCGGCUGCUGCAGAGCUCCAGCGAGCUCUCUGCGCGGCAUCUGGCGACCGUGCUGAUCUGCGCGCCGGCGCUGCGGGCUGUGGAGGCGGACUUGAGGGUUUUCAUGCGUGAGUUGCUUCGCAGCGAGCGAGACACACGUGCUGCAGGCACUUCGCAGGCCGCGAGGAUAGAAGGAGAGCGAAAAAUUGCGGCGGAGACGGAGGCGGAGGACGAACCAGAAAGAGGAGACGGCGACGAGGGAGAUCGCGGCCCUCUCGCAUUUGAGGCAUCCUCGUCUUUCUUCGCUUCUUCAGAUUCUCCAUCCUCUCCGUCCGCUUCACCUUUUCUCUCUGCCUCUACCUCUGCGUCGCUGCGGGCGUCUGGGGGGGAUGGCGGGCGCCGCAUGCAUGCACAGGCUGCGCGCAGACGCACCCCAGUUGAGGAAAUCAACAAGCUCUGCUCGCUGUCUGCUGUCGAGCUCGUCCGCAUUCUGCAGUCCACGGCGCGCCUCGAGUUCUUUCCGGCGGCCUUCGUGAAGUGUCUUCUCUUCGCCCUGCGAAAAAAAGCCGCGAACCUCGACUCUCUGCAGCUCCUGAGCGCCGUCUACGCCCUAGACCAGCUGGGCUACGCGCCGUUCCGCCUGCGGUGGCGUCUCGGCUCGCUGCUGAAGGAGCGCACGCGAAACUACGGAAUCAACAUGUCGGACCUGCUUGCCGCAGCCCCAGCGAUGGACCGCGUGGGGAUUUUCCAUCGCCUGGACGUGAAGCUGCAGCACGAGGUCUACCACCGCCUGGACGAGGAGGCCCGCCGAAUCGUCUCCGAGCCGCUCUCGCCUCCGGAUCCGAGCGAGGCUGAGACCAGCCUUGUCAUCCCCCGUGCGCGGAACCUCGCGCUGCUUCAGGCGAACCGAAUGGAGCGUGGCGGCCCUGUGGAGUCGAAAUUUCGGCUUCUUUUCCCGAGGAAAAAACGCGAAUCUCGAACGCUUCCAGCGGGAUUCCUCGAGAUCCCCUGCGGCGCGGACCCUCGAGAUGCCCCCGAGCGAGACGGUGCGGACGAAGUUCCCGCGUGGAGAGGUAGCGGAGGCCGAGAGAAGAAAAGCAGAAAAAGGCCGCCGCCCUCGCCUGAGGAGGAGGAAGAAAGGCAGCGCCGAAUUCGAGAAGAGACCGCGUCGCAGUGGGGCGCUCAAGACGAGGAAAAACAUGCCGCAGAAAUCUUCAGAGAAGCUAUUCGCCGCCUCUAA